AUGGCAUCAAGUCGCGAGUGCUUGGCGGUGCUCCAGCCUAUGGGCGAAGUGUUCGUCAAUGGUUUGGCGUCUAGCUACGACGACGAGUAUCCAGAGUCUGAGCGGCUGCGGGCGCUGAUGACUCGCGAGGACUUUGACAAGAGUAUGGCCAUCAUAAACGACGCGCUGAUGGACCAUUGGCCGUGCAUGCCGUGCAAAGGUUUCGGUUAUGGCUGCUGCAUCUGCACACUGGGUUUGUCACUCUAUUGUGCUGGCACUCAAGUCCAGGAGGCUGAGAGCCGUCUGCAGUUGCAACUACGGCGCAUGAACGAGAAGAAAAAGUUUAAGGACAAAGGGAUCCAGUGGCGGCUUGAGAGGUCGUGGUGGAAGCGUUCGUCGUAUAUUGAGAUCUCUGUUGAUACGCAGAGUAGCGAGACUGCGUCUGGGAGUGACAAGGAGGGGGCAAUUCGUGACGAAAGUAUGAGCGAUCGGCUGGUGUGA